ACAACUCAUCAACCCCUAGAGUUGCAAUCUCACAUCAACUCUCAUCACCCAACAAACACUACAUUCAUUUCUUUCCUACCAAGUAAUCAAUAAAAUUCUCCAUCACUCUAUAAAUAACCUAAUUAGAAAAACCCAAAAAAAAGACAGACACACACACAUGCAAGUUAACAUGGAUUUACUUCAUCAAGCAAAAAUCACACUAGAACCAUUUCAAACAUCUCUAUUAUUGAUUCUCCCACUCACUUUAGUUCUACUACUAAAUUUAGUAUCCAAAACUCGAAAAAAAGCACCGUAUCCACCGGGACCAAAAGGUUUACCCUUAAUAGGCAACAUGAACAUGAUGGACAAACUCACACAUAGAGGUUUAGCAAAUUUAGCUAAACUAUAUGGUGGUGUUUUGCACCUACGCAUGGGAUUUAUCCACAUGGUAGCAAUUUCAAACGCGGAAGCCGCCCGUGAAGUGUUACAAUUACAUGACAACAUAUUCUCCAAUCGCCCGGCAACAAUAGCCAUAAGUUACCUUACUUAUAACCGUGCUGACGUGGUGUUCGCCCACUACGGUCCCUUUUGGCGUCAAAUGCGGAAACUUUGUGUCAUGAAACUCUUUAGCCGCAAACGUGUGGAGUCCUGGCAAUCCGUUAGAGACGAAGUUGAUGCGGUUAUCACCAACAUUAAUGACAAUGUGGGAAAGUCGGUUAACAUUGGUGACAUGGUUUUUAAUUUAACCAAAAACAUUAUCUACCGCGCAGCUUUUGGGUCAAAUUCAAAUGAAGGACAAGAUGAGUUUAUUUCAAUACUACAAGAGUUUUCGAAAUUGUUUGUAGCUUUUAAUAUUGCGGAUUAUGUUCCUUUUUUGAGGGUGGUUGAUCCUCAAGGUUUUAAUGCUAGGCUUGUUAAGGCUAGAGGUGCUUUGGAUUGUUUUAUUGAUAAGAUUAUUGAUGAACAUGUGGAGAAAAAGAGGAAUAUGAGCAUUGGUUGUGGUGAUGAAGAUAGUGAUAUGGUUGAUGAAUUAUUGGCUUUUUACGGUGAUGAAGUUAAAGUGAGUAAUGAAUCGGAUGAUAACUCCAUCAAACUCACUAGGGAUAACAUCAAAGGCAUCAUCAUGGACGUGAUGUUUGGAGGAACUGAAUCGAUAGCAGCAGCAAUAGAAUGGGCUAUAUCGGAGCUAAUGAGAAAUCCACAAGAUCUAACGCGCGUGCAAGAAGAACUCGCCACCGUGGUUGGCUUAGACCGGCGGGUAGAGGAAUCAGACAUAGAGAAACUCACUUAUCUAAAAUGUGUCGUCAAAGAGACAUUGCGUCUUCACCCGCCGGUUCCCCUUCUUCUCCAUGAAACGGCAGAAGACGCAACAAUUCGUAGUUAUUUUGUCCCCAAGGGCUCGCGCGUGAUGAUAAAUGUGUGGGCUAUAGGCAGAGACAAAGACUCGUGGGAAGAUCCAGAAGAAUUUAAGCCUUCACGGUUUCUUAAUUCAAGCGCACCCAAUUUUAAAGGAAGUAAUUUUGAGUUUAUUCCAUUCGGGUCAGGUCGAAGAUCUUGCCCCGGGAUGCAAUUGAGCAUGUAUGCAUUAGACUUGGCUUUGGCCCAUUUACUUCAUUGCUUUACGUGGGAGUUACCUAAUGGGAUGAAGCCGAGUGAAAUGAAUAUGAAUGAUGUUUGUGGACUCAGUGCUCCUAGAGAGAGUCGACUCAUUGUUGUUCCAGCUAAGCGUGUUGUGUGCCCUCUCUGAUACAAGUAAACUACAAAACUAAAAUAAGAAAAGGUGUUAAGUUCUUUUGGGAGGAGCUGUUUAUUUUAGUUCUUAUUAUUAUUGAUCAUCAUGUUACAUGUACAAUAAAAGGAAGAAAAAAAUGUGAGGAUAUUUUGAUAUAUCCUUGAUUUUAUAGUUUGA